ACUCCGUACUAGUACCCUCUCUCCCGCGCGCCUUGACUUGCGAUCUUAUCAGUCCUCCACCCCUCCCCCGUUGCCACCGUUCCUCCCCUGUCGACCUCCUAGUCGCGUACCGCGACGUUGACUGGAUCCUCAUAAACUGUGACUAAGGUAGUCGUCGGAUUGAUACGCCUCUCCUUUCGAAUUUUCUUUCUGCCCUGCUUCCCUCUCGGGGCGACUCCUACCGUGGUAGCAGACGGGCGGUAGAAACCUACUCAUUCAGCGAUGCAAUUCGACGACCGUUCGUUGCGUGAAGGCAGCGACAGCUCAGAGACUUUCCUGAUGAAAAUGACCCAGCCCACAGGAUCGUGUCAGUCUAUCUUUGGGGGAACGUCAGACGGUGCCGAGCAUAUCGAGCCCGAGACCGAUUCUAACCAUCGAAAGCCCCACAGUUUCGGGGACGCUGCGACGACGCCCGCCAAGCUUGCAAACGAGAAUGUUGCACCAUUCCUCGUCAAACACAUCCCCGAACAGUACGCUCCGUUAGGGUCGCGAAGAACCGACAAACUGGAGGAUUUAAGCAAAAAGAAUUCCAAAUUUUGCUAUCGCCACCGGCCAGACCUCAAGUGCAGGCGACAGGCAGACGAACCGUCAAUGGACAAGCUACAGAAGGAUUUGGAAGCGCUGCCUCCAAGCGAUCAACAGGGCAUUGCCCAUGUCUGGUCUCUGUUUUCGGCGGCUCCCGCCAAGCACAGAAAAUUGAUCCUUCAGGGUAUCAUGGCCCAGUGUUGCUUUCCGCAGUUGUCGUUCGUAUCCGCGACCGUUCGAGACCUCAUCCGAAUCGACUUUCUGACCGCCUUUCCGCCGGAGAUCUCAUUCAAAAUCCUUUGUUACCUCGAUACGACUUCGUUGUGCAAAGCGGCCCAGGUUUCCAGACGGUGGCGCGCGCUUGCGGAUGACGAUGUGGUCUGGCAUCGGAUGUGCGAGCAACAUAUCCACCGCAAAUGCAAGAAAUGCGGCUGGGGCCUUCCUCUUUUGGAGCGCAAACGCCUGCGAGAGUCCAAGCGCCAAAUUGAGUUGCGCGCCACGAAUUGGGAUGUCAGCGGACCCUCGCAGAACGCAGGUGGCGCCGAAUGCAGUGCGGCGCCAGCCGACGAUCCCAUUGCACAGAAACGGAAAGCGGAUUCGAGCGAUGAGGAGACGGCCAUGGUGAAGCGGCACUGUUCCUCGCGGGGAGCGCGAUCGCAGCAAGACGACGACUUUUACCUGACUCGUUAUCGGCCGUGGAAAGAAGUCUACAAGGACCGGUUCAAAGUCGGUACAAAUUGGAAGUACGGACGGUGCUCCAUAAAGGAGUUCAAAGGUCACACCAACGGUGUUAUGUGCCUGCAAUUCGAGGACAAUAUUUUGGCGACUGGUUCAUAUGACGCGACGAUUAAAAUUUGGGAUACCGAAACUGGGGAGGAGUUACAGACCCUCCGUGGACACGAAUCCGGCAUUCGCUGUCUCCAGUUUGAUGAUACCAAGUUGAUCAGCGGUAGUAUGGACCGUAGCCUGAAGGUCUGGAACUGGCGAACGGGCGAGUGCAUUUCCACCUACACGGGUCACCGUGGUGGCGUGAUUGGCCUGCACUUCGACGCAACAAUUCUUGCGUCCGCCUCCGUCGAUAAGACGGUCAAGAUUUGGAACUUCGAGGACAAGUCGACGUUCCUUCUGCGCGGACACACUGAUUGGGUUAACGCUGUCCGAGUGGAUACAACCUCUCGUACGGUGUUCUCGGCCUCGGAUGAUUGCACGGUUCGCUUGUGGGACUUAGACACCAAGAAUUGCAUCCGGACCUUCCAUGGCCAUGUUGGCCAAGUCCAGCAGGUGAUCCCUCUGCCCCGGGAGUUUGAGUUCGAAGAACAUGACGCCGAAUGUGAUAAUGACAAUGUGAGUACCGCGUCGGGGGAUACGGAACCCGCAUCCCUCCAGGCAGUACUCGGACUGGAGUCAAGCACCUCUCAGACGUCGGUCUUUGGUCCUUCAUUCGAGAAUGGCCGCCCGGCCCCGCCGCGUUACAUUGUCACAAGCGCCUUGGAUUCGACUAUUCGGCUCUGGGAGACUACGACUGGCCGGUGCCUGCGCACCUUCUUCGGCCAUCUGGAGGGUGUCUGGGCACUCGGAGCUGAUACGCUUCGUAUCGUGUCCGGCGCGGAAGACCGGAUGGUCAAGAUCUGGGAUCCCAGAACUGGCAAAUGCGAGCGGACCUUCACCGGCCAUUCGGGUCCGGUGACGUGCAUCGGUCUCGGCGACAGUCGUUUUGCGACAGGCAGUGAAGAUUGCGAAGUGCGCAUGUACAGUUUCCGCAGUUAAUAGUUUUACUUUCUUAUUACUCUUGGCCCGUCUCCUGGGGGGACUUUACGCGCCUUUGUUUAAUUUUGUGCUUCGGAUGGAUACCGAUACCCUUCGAGUUGGGCGCUAGGGUCAGGGAUUUUUAUAGGGUUUCAGUUUAGCAUGGGUUGGGGGUGUCUGGCGUUAUUGUUUGGUUAAUGGGACCACUUUUUAUCGGAAAAUUGUUUCCUAAGUAUUCGUAAUUGU